AUGGCUUCUCCCGUAACCGACGACAAAGUCAGCCCUCACGUAUCUGACGGCCAGGCCGACAUCGCUUCGACUAAGGGCGAGAUUGAGGAGACUCACGAUGUCUUCAGACAGACCGAGGAUGGCGUUCAGUUCCGGACGGUCAGCUGGCAGAGGGCCACCAUCAUCUUCUGCAAGAUCCAAUUCGCGAUGAGCAUUCUGAGUGUUCCUGGAGCUUUUGCGACGCUGGGAGCUGUUCCAGGUGCUGUGUCCCUCGUGGGAUGGCACGCUCUCAACACAUCCCUCGCCGACAUGUGCGGCCGCCUCUGGUCCCGCCCCGGCCGCGAGCUCGUCGGCCUCCAGAUCCUCAUCGCGCAGGUCCUCAUCUCCGCCGCGGGCAUCGUCUCCAUCUCCACCGCCUUCAACGCCGUCUCGUUCCACGGCACCUGCACCGUCGUCUUCACCCUCCUCGGCGCCAUCCUCAUCACCGCCUUCUCCUCCGUCCGCACCUUCAGCAAGCUCGGCUGGCUGACCUGGCUCGGCUUCACCACCUUUUUUGUGGCGGUCUUCGUCUUCGUCGUCGCCGUCACGAAGCAGGACCGCCCCGCCGUCGCCCCGCAAACCGGCCCCUUCGAGCUGGGCUGGACCGCCGUCGCGCACCCCACCUUCGUCGCGGGCAUCACCGCCAGCGCGAACAUCUUCAUCAGCAACAGCGGCUCGUCCAUGUACCUGCCUGUCAUCUCCGAGAUGCGCCGGCCGCAGGACUACCGCCGCGCGGCGCUCGUGACCGGUGGGUUGGUGCUGGCCAUGUAUUUGUCUUUCUCGCUUGUGAUCUACCGCUGGUGCGGCGUGUGGCUGGCCACGCCGGCCUUCGGCAGCGCAGGCCCGCUGUUCAAGAAGAUCUCGUACGGCAUCGCGCUGCCGGGGCUCAUCAUUGGCGUCGGUAUCUACCAGCACGUCGCGGCCAAGUACAUCUUCGUGCGAGUGCUUAGAGACUCGCACCACCUGCAGGAGAACACUGUCGUCCACUGGUCGACGUGGAUCGGGAGCAACCUGGUGCUUGGAAUUCUUGCUUUCAUCGUUGCCGAGGCAGUGCCGAUUCUCAACUACCUCCUGGGUCUGGCGGGCGCUAUCUGCUUUGCGCCGUUCAGUCUCGUCUUCCCCGCCCUGCUGUGGAUGCAGGACUUCUCGAGCUACAAGAGCGGCAGCAUCAAGCAGAAGGGUGCUUAUGGUUUCCACAUCCUCAUUGUCCUAGUCGGAUUAUUCAUGGUCAUCGCCGGAACCCACGUACCCGAAGGCUUAGAUGGGGCACUGGUCGCCCUUCUUGAUGAAGAAGCCGCCCUGCUCAGACGCGGUGAAAGUAACAUUGAUAUCAACGUCCGCCUCCCCGUCGUUCGCAAUCGCAAACUCAAACGCCACGUUGUCCGCGCAGGUGAAGCUGUUGAUCGUGACGAACGUGUCCUCGACGACGACGUUGUUCUCGACCUUGAGCGGGGGGAACGAGCCGACGAGCGCGCCGGUGGCGACGUUGCGGACGUCGAGGCGCGAGAACUCGGCGCCGCCGAGGUCGAUGGGGAAGCCGGCGUUGAACUGGCCGAUUAG